CCACCUCGCCCUGCUGAGGAGGUGUGAGUGAAGGGGGAGCCGGGAGCCUCUUCUCGCUCCUCUUCCAUGAGACGCCAAGUCCCCGUGCGUCUGUCAUGUGAUAGCAAGAGAGCAGGAGCUGCGAGGGUCUCCCGUCUCGGGCACCAUUACAAAACUGCGCUGGAGCGCGCAAGCCCCGCCACAGCCACGGCCGCCGCCUCGCUCACCUCCUCUCCCUGACGGCUCCUGGCGCUGGCCUCCGCCGCAAACUUUUCACCGGACUGAGCGGUGAGAGGGACGUUUAUAUUUCCUUCCUCCGCAUCUCUGCAGAGGUCCAGGGUAAUUUCAUGCUCAUGUCUGAGGAGCACCAACUCCAGUAGAGUGUGUCAGGCGGCAGUGGGGAAGUCCAGGAGACUCAGCGGCCUCCAGGAGGAAAGCGGGGACGCCAGCGGGGGCAGGGACCGGGCUCGGCCCCGUAGCCCCUGAGACUCCGCGGCCUGGGCAGCAGCUGUGUCUCCCGCAGGCAGCGGCGCGGCGAGGCAAGCGCAUCCAGCGGGGUGAGGCUGCUGGAAGGAGCCGUGUGCGAGCCCACCGGCCGGCUGCGAGGCAGUCACGAUCGCCUGUGGCCCGGGGAGGUGGCGCCCAGGAUGUAGAAACGGUGGCGGGGCAGAGCAGCGCCGUUCCCCGCAUCCCGAGUCCGCCGUGCGCGACACUUAGUGGUGCCCGCCUUGGCGCGGUGGGAUCGUGUGGCCGCGAGAGGACUGUGGCGGGGCGGCGAUGCCCAGGCCGGGGAAGAGUUCGUACAGCGACCAAAAGCCGCCUUACUCUUACAUCUCCCUGACGGCCAUGGCCAUCCAGCACUCGGCCGAGAAGAUGCUGCCCCUGAGCGACAUCUACAAGUUCAUAAUGGAGCGAUUCCCCUACUACCGGGAGCAUACCCAGCGCUGGCAGAACUCCCUCCGUCACAACCUCUCCUUCAACGACUGCUUCAUCAAGAUCCCGCGGCGACCCGACCAGCCGGGCAAGGGCAGCUUCUGGGCGCUGCAUCCGGACUGUGGGGACAUGUUUGAGAACGGCAGCUUCCUCCGCCGCCGCAAGCGCUUCAAGGUCCUGCGCCCCGAGCACCACCUGCCUGGCGGCGGCGGCAGCGGGACGGGCAGCGGCGGUCCCGGCAAGCCCCCGGCGCCCACCCCGCACAUGGUGCACUACUUCCAUCCGCACCCGCCGCCACCGCCGCCUCCCUCGGGCAAGGUGCCGGGGUUGGCAAGCUCCGAGGCGGCCGUGGCCGCAGCCGCGGCCGCUGCAGCGGUGGGGAGGCUACCGCAGUUUUCGCCCUACGGGAGCAGCCAGCCCUCGGGCUUCAAGCAUCCCUUCGCCAUCGAGAAUAUCAUCGGCAGAGAUUACAAGGGUGUGCUGCAGGCCGGCGGGCUGCCGCUGGCCUCGGUGAUGCACCACCUGGGCUACCCGGUGCCCAGCCAGCUCAGCGGCGUGGUGAGCUCCGUGUGGCCGCACGUGGGGGUGAUGGACUCCGUGACCAGUGUGCCCGUGUCCCCUGACUACGGCCCCUUCGGCGUGCCCAUGAAGGCGCUCUGCCACCCGCCGGCACAGACCAUGCCGGCUGUCCCGGUGCCCAUCAAGCCGGCGCCGGCAAUGUCCACUGCCUCGGCCAUCCCUGCUCUGACGGUCUCUGCCUCGCAGAUCUGCCCUGCUGCUUCCCCGGCCGCUGCUUCGUUGUUGGAACAGGCCGCGAGCAACAACCCCGAGGGCAAGGGCUCCCUCCACUCCGUCCUGGUGCACUCCUAAAGAGCAGGGGGUCGAGGGGGAGAGAGGCCCCCAGGCUCCCAGAGGAAAGGACGCGGGGCUUCAGAGCAUGCAUGCGGCACGGAAACCCGAUCGAUCUUAUGACUAUACCCCUGCUGCUGUCUGUAUUUUUACCGUGUACAAUCAGAUUAUUUGAGAGCUAGAUCGCAGGUAAGAGCUUUUAUCGUCAAUCGCUAAAUGUCAUUAGUAGCGGAGAGGCGGCGUGAAAAAUCAUAGCUGGGGCCAAAGGGGCUGGCUCCCAGGAAAGGACAGAGAGGGAAGGUCUCCUCGACACCCAUCAGCCUGAAGCCAUGCAGCCUGGGCUACCCGCUGAGCCCCUCUCCUGGGGCGGCCAUCCCGGAAGUCCCACAAAAGCCGUGCUCGGUGGGAGAGGGGCUGCAAUCUGCCGGCGGCUGGGGGGAGCAGAAGGAUAAAGCCCCUGCUGAAAUCUGCUUCUCCCUCUUCCACGACGGACGGGAAAACUCUGCUCCGCCGUCCUGUAGAUCUUGCUCCGAAAGAGGUGGGCAAAGCCUUGGACCCUGGCGAGCUGCAGGGUCCCAGGUCAUGUAAUGCUCGCUGUUUAAAGAAUAAGCUUUAAAUAGCUCGACUAAGAAGCGAGAAUUUAAGUGACAAUGGCACUGACGGCGAAGAGUUCCUUUAACUAACGACCACCUACCCUUCCCCUUCACACUGUCAUAGUCUAUUCUAUAGUACCUUAGAAGGGACUGAAGCGUGACCUGGCCUCUCAAGCCGUGUGUGAGUGUCCGAGUUCCCUAGUUUCUCAUUAAAAUAAAACCAGGCCGGCGAUUCGUA